GUUUUUAGGGUUUGUUUUGGCAUGGAUGAUGUUGAAUAUGAAAAUGAGUUGUUUAAUCAGGCUGCUAAUUUUGUGCAAACUCAAGCGAACACUAUGAAAGCGGAAGACCUUCUGUAUCUCUAUGGGCGCUAUAAACAGUCAUUAGAGGGUGACUGCCACACACAAGCGCCCUCGUUCUGGGACUUGACUGGAAAGAGAAAGUAUAGCUGUUGGAAAAGUCUGGCUGGUAUGGAGAAGUCACGUGCUCAGAUGGAAUACGUGGAGAAAGUGUCUAGUCUAUUCCCAGAUUGGGAGACUGAGGCUUCCAAGACUGGCUCACAGGGGUUCAGAUUGUCAAAUUGGGCUGUCAGUCGCCCAGUAAAGGAGGAUUGUGUGGAAGAUAGUAGUGAUGAUUCUAAGUCAAUCUACGACUGGUGUCAGAUUGGAAAUUGUGAAAAAGUGAGAGAACUUUUGACAUCCAAGAACAUUCCCUCUGUCGACGAUCCAGAUCCACAAUCAGGAAUGGCUUUAAUACACUGGGCGGCUGAUCGCGGCAAUUAUGACAUGUUGAAAAUGUUGUUAGACUCUUUUAAUGCGGACAUCAAUGUGAAAGACAGUGAUGGCCAAACAGCCUUGCAUUAUGCAGUUUCGUGCGAACAUUUAGAAGCUGUUCAAUUGCUCUUAGAUUUCGGUGCCGAUAGAACUACAAAAGAUAACGAGGGCUUGCUCAUUGUUGAUUUGGAUAUCGAAAACAAAGACAUAAGGGAAUUGCUGCGUAGCUCUUAGUAAUUUAGACAUUAAUUUUUUUGAUUAUUGACUUGGUAUCAAAUGGAAGUCGAAAUAGUGUUUUGUAUUAAUUUAAUUGUCUCUAAUGAACUUCGCCUUGGUGCUAAAUUCCCAGCGAAAUAAUCAAAUUAUUUAUUGAUUCAGUUUUUAUGGCAAGUGCCCGAUUCUGUGGACUGUCACUGCCCUGUAAAUCGUCUCAAAAACGUUCGCAACGAAAAUAUAAACAACAUAAAUCCGGCACGCAAGAUAAUUAUCAA